UCUCCAGUAUUCUGAUUCGGGUGAAGAAUGAAGUAGCUUAAAAUCGAACAUGUAAAGCGAAAUGGCCGAAAUGACGCCUUUAAUGGUUCUGAUUCUAGUGGGAAUACGAGGAUCUAUGGCAGUGAUCCACUUUCUGAAAUAUUUCUACACUGCAUCUUCAGGAAUACCAAACUGUCCGUUGUACGUGUCUGUUGGGUUUGUGGAUGAUGUUCAGAUAAGUUACUGUGACAACAACAUAAACAAAAACAUCCCUAAACAGGAAUGGAUGAAUAAAGUGAGUUCAGAACAUCCAAACUACUGGAAGGAGGAAACACAGACAUGUCGGGAUAAACAGCAAACCUUCAAAAUAAGCCUUGAGAUUGCAAAACAACGCUUCAACCAGACUGGAGAAGCGCACAUAUAUCAGCAAAUGUACAGCUGUGAAUGGGAUGAUGAGACUGGAGAGGUCAUAGGUUAUGAUCAGUUUGGUUAUGAUGGAGAAGAUUUAAUCGCACUGGACCCAAAUACACAACAAUGGAUCGCUCCAAAACCACAAGCUGUCAUCACCACAAACAGAUGGAAUAAUAAUAGAGCUAUUAAAGAACUUGAGAAGUUUUACUUAACUGAAACAUGCGUCGAGUGGCUGAAGAAAUAUGUGAACUAUGGGCAGAGCUCACUGAUGAGAACAGAACGUCCCUCGGUGUCUCUCCUCCAGAAGUCUUCCUCCUCUCCAGUCAGCUGCUUCGCUACAGGUUUCUACCCCAACAGACCUGAAAUGUUCUGGAGGAAAGAUGGAGAGGAGAUUCAUGAUGGUGUGGACAAAGGAGAGAUCCUCCCCAACAAUGAUGGAACCUUUCAGAUGAGCGCUGACAUCGAUCUGUCAUCUGUUCCAACUGAAGACUGGCACAAGUAUGAAUGUGUGUUUCAACUCUAUGGAAUGAAUGACAUCACCAAUAGACUGGAGAAAACAAGAAUCUUGACCAAUGAUCCACCUUCUCUGUCACAUCUCUGA